ACAUAAUUGUAGGAAAUUUUGUUUAACCGUAAGGUUAUUUUGGGUAAAAUCCAGAUUAUUGAGACUUAAACUCCAUCACGAUUACACACCUAUUUAUCCCAAUCGAAGAACAAGGUUAUCACCAACACUAAGAAGCAACAUCAGAGGUGACAGAGAGAAAUGGAGAAAUACUUCGGAAAUGCAUACAGGGGAGACCCAGGAGUACCACACGCUGACCAAGAACGUUUCCAGAACAUCUGGAUUGGUUCCGCUGUUUUCUCUACUCUUACUUGGUUCAAUCCUUACAUGUGGCAACUCACCAAUCAAUGGAAUUGGCAUGACAGAGCUAUGAUGUACGAACAUCACCACUGGAAGAAGGCAAUGGCCAAGAAGCAAUAUUAUAAAUUUAAGUGGAAUGAAAUGAGCAAAGACGUUCGUGACUCGUACUACUUCAACUGGCCUGUUUAUUUCCCUUAGACGUUUUACUUCGACCGCUGCAGUUUCUGAGGUUUUCUUAAAUGUUUUGGAAAUUGUAGUGUGUGUGACCCUACGGGCUACAGCUUGUAUGUGUUAUCGUCUUCGCUUUGUUUCACUGCAUCAUUUCGUUAUCUCAAGAAACUUGAAAGCUUGAAAAAGACUGCAUAAGACUGCAUUAUGCAGUACAGUAUUGUGAUUCAAUUUUUAAGCAUGCGUAGAUUGUUUGCCUAUUGGAAAGCCCAGCAUUUUAUAUAUUGCGCUUGCAGAUUGUGGAGCUA